AUGUCUCCAUUCACCCUUCGAUGGGGCAUAAUAUCAACAGGCAACAUAGCCAAUACAUUCUGCAAGGAUCUACUGGUAGACCCAUCAACACGAAAAGCAGAUGAUGUAUUUCACAAAAUCACAGCUAUAGGUUCUAGAUCCGUCAACUCUGCUCAAUCAUUUUUGAAUAACCUUAAUUCGUCACAAGACCAUUUCAGAUGGGGAGUAUCUAACGGUGCUUUAGAUGGGUGCAGUGCAUAUGGAAAUUACGACCAAGUUUACAAUGAUCCCAAUGUAGACGUAGUGUAUAUAGCUGCUCCUCAUACCCUUCAUCAUAAGAACUGUAAAGACGCAUUAAAAGCUGGUAAAAAUGUCUUGUGCGAAAAGCCAUUUACGUUAGACGCAGAAGAAGCUGAAGAGUUGAUUGGACUUGCUAGAGAGAAAGGGUUGUUCAUGAUGGAAGCCGUAUGGACGAGGUUUCAACCUAUAACUUAUGCCAUACAAGAGAUAAUCGCUUCGGGCAGAUUGGGUAAAUUGAAAAGAAUUACAGCGGAUAAUUCGUUAGAUUUCAAGCUGGAUGAUCGUGUAGAAUCUCAUAGGAUGCUGGAUCCUGCAUUGGGAGGGGGGGCAUUACUUGAUUUAGGGCCAUAUCCAUUAGUUUGGGCCCUCUUAAUCCUGCACCAUCAUCCAAAUAACGUCGAUCGAUCUUCUCCAAAGAUACUAAACUCGUAUCAAACGAUAUAUGGACGUACAGGCGUAGAUUCAGCUUCCAGGAUGUUGUUAGAAUGGGAUGGAGUUGGUCAAGCUGAUUUGAGAUGUGAUUUGACUUGUCAUGGUUAUAUGGAUGGUGUGGUGAUCGUUACUUGUGAAGAAGGUGAUUUGGUAGUUGUUGCACCACCAUCCAAACCUCAAACAUUCCACAUAAUACCCCAUGGACCCGAUCCUUCGCGUCAAGGCAAAGUCAUCGAAAAGGAAACACACCAUUAUCCUUUAUCACCAGGUCACGGAAUGGCUUAUGAAGCUGAUGAAGUUGCUCGAUGUAUUCAAGCCAACAAGAAAGAAAGUGAUAGAAUGCCAUUGGAAGAGAGUUUAAUGGUUAUGAGGAUACUAGAUGAGGUGAGAAGGAAUGGUGGGACUAAAACGAAAGAUCUGAGGGGUACUGCUGGGCAGUAG